AUGUUAGCUGCCUGCAACAAAAACCCACAAGACAUGAACCAAUGUAGAGCGACGGCACACCCUGCCUGCGGCAGGACCGGGCGAGUGGAUAUGAACUCCUCCCUGAGUCUCAAGAGCUUGGCUGCAAAGGUAAAACGUGGCAUCAAAUGCAACAAUGUGGAGGCUCACAACAAGCCAAGCUCUCUACAAGCUUGGCAAAGGCGCUUGAUGACGAACUCAUAUGUGGGAUGCAGCCCUGUGUCUGCAGCAUCCAUGAUGAGCAAGGCCGUAUCGGCAUUGCGACGCAACUCCUGGAGAAGCUCUCCGCUUCAUGAGGUUGGAACAGUAACUGCACAGAUCGACAGAUGCGGGCAGGGCAGCAGGAGCUUGCGCAUGGACUGA